CUCCAAAACACCAACGGAAUCGGAUUCCCCAUGGCAGCAUCCACCACCUCCCAUGGCGCCGCCGCUCGCCGUAGUUGGCCCCGCCUUAGCCGCGCCGAGCUUCCGCACCGCCCUCCCCUUCCGCCUACGUCCGCGGAAGAUCCCCUCUUGGCGCCGCGCGGCCCUACCCAACGAUGAGGAUUACUACUUGAUCGAUGCGGAGGAGUCCAUUGGGGACGGCUUCUCCUUCAGUGGAGGGAAGUACGGCGAAGGACCAAGCAAGUCGGACGAGUGGUUUGCUCAGGGGAAAAUGAUAGAUGCUUACCCAGUAUAUGGAGACAAAGGAAAGGCAAAGGACCCCUUCUUUGGCCUGACGAUGGGAUCAGGAUCUCAACCUUCAGAUGAUGUAUUCAGAUGGUUCUGCGUGGAGGCUGGGAACUCUUCUAAUCCUAAAGUGCUUUUAAUUCAUGGCUUGCCAUCACAGGCGUACUCUUAUCGCAACGUGCUGCCUGUACUAUCGGACAAAUAUCAUGCCGUUGCUUUUGAUUGGCUUGGGUUUGGAUUUUCUGAUAAGCCUCAACCAAAAUAUGGUUUUGACUAUACACUUGAUGAGUAUACUGCGUCCUUGGAAUCUCUAGUCAAUGCUGUUGCUCCUGAUAAGCUCUCUAUUGUUGUCCAGGGCUACUUUGCUCCAGUUGCAGUCAAAUACGCUAGUGAAUAUCAAGACAAAUUGAACCAUCUUGUUCUAGUUAACCCACCGAUAACUGAUAAACAUGUGAGCCUGCCAUCUCCCCUGGCUUCAUUCAGCAACUUCUUGUUGGGAGAGAUAUUUUCUCAGGAUCCUCUCAGAGCUAGUGAUAAGGUAUUGACUAGUUGUGGCCCAUACAUGAUGAAGGAGGAAGAUGCUAUGGUGUAUAGAAGACCAUACCUUGUCUCUGGUUCCUCUGGGUUUGCACUGAAUGCAAUAAGCAAGGCUAUGAAAAAGGACCUUAAGGCUUACAUUGAAUCCAUGAGAAGCAUAUUAGGAAGUGAUUCGUGGAAAACAAAGACAACAAUAUGCUGGGGCAUGAGAGAUCGUUGGCUCAGCUAUGAUGGGGUGGAAGAGUUUUUUGGUGGCCUAAACCAGAAGAUUGUAGAGCUGCCAAUGGCAGGACACCAUGUGCAGGAGGAUCGUGGUGAAGAGUUGGGCAAUAUAAUAAAAAGUAUAUUGAGAUGACCACGAAUUGUGUGGGGACAGUCUCUAGAACAUGCCAAGAACAGUUGCGCUACGCUGGUGAGUCAAAAUGUGGCAAAGCAGUUUCAAAAAAAAAAAGUGGCAAAGAAAAGUGAGGCUGCACCGACCCAUUGAAGGCCAACCCUCCGGCUGGAUAGGUUUAUUAUGAAAACACUACCUAAAGUGACGUUCUACAUCUUUGGACAACAACAGCAAUACCGGUUUUGUGUUCCAUGUUCUCGGAAUAGGAUUCAUGCAUAUGGUUUAGUGUUGGAAAAUUUAACGUUUGACUUAUUUUUCUGCAUGAUAUGAAAUUAUGAAUGCUCUUAAACAAGAUCAGGGUAACCAAUAUAUUUAUACUGAAACGAUGAUGAUAACAACCGUUAUCUGGAA